CAGUGUCACGUGACUUGUGAUGUCACUUACAUGGCGACGAGUUGAAUGCAAUAUCAUCCACGACCAGUCUAAAUUCAACUUUCGUGGUCAAUCUGUGUGACUAAUUUAUUGCGCAUUUUAAUACUUAGGAGACAACAUGAUUAUAACUUUGAAAAACCUUCAGCAACAAACAUUUACCGUCGAUAUCGAUGCUACAAAGACGGUGAAGAAUUUGAAAGAUGAGAUCGAGUCACAGAAGGGCAAAGACUACCCAGCUGAUAAUCAAAGGCUAAUAUAUGCUGGUAAAAUUCUUUCAGAUGAUAGCCAGCUCAAGGAAUAUAAUAUCGAUGAGAAGAAAUUUAUAGUGGUUAUGGUUACAAAACCAAAGGCAGCACCCCAACCUUCUGCUGGACCCAGUGAUCCCACUGCAACUGCUGCAGGAGACAGUGAAAAGAAGGAUAUCAAAGACUCCACUGAUAGUGGAGGUCAGUCAUCCUCAGCAGCCCCCUCUGCCGCUCAAACUAGUGCACCCUCAACAGGUGGAACUACAGUAACUGCUGGCAGUACUGGAGCUCCAGCAGCCACAGUUUCAACAGCUGAGUCUGCUCUUCUUGUCGGCGAUGAUUACAACCAGAUGGUGCAGAAUAUUGUGGACAUGGGAUACGAUAGAGAUCAAGUAGAGCAAGCAUUGCGAGCAUCUUUCAACAACCCUGAUAGAGCUGUGGAAUACUUGAUUAAUGGGAUUCCGGCUCAGGCUCUUGAAGCUAUUCCAAGAGAAGAUGGAGCCCCAGAUGAUGCUGACCCAGAUCCCGCUCCACCCUCCUCUCCGGCAGGUAACGAACCUUUGGCCUUCCUGCGGUCUCAGCCCCAGUUCCAACAAAUGCGCCAGAUAAUCCAGUCAAAUCCCCAACUCCUUAACACGGUGCUGCAACAGAUCGGACAAACGAAUCCCGCCCUCCUGCAGCUCAUUUCACAGAACCAAGAGGCCUUCGUGCACAUGCUCAAUGAGCCGGCGGGUGGUUCAGGCGCACCAGCCGCGGCCGCGGAGGGGAACGAGCCCGCCGCCGGCAGGGGUGGCCGCGGCCUCGGCGGCCUUGGAGGUCUUGGCGGCCUUGGCGCGGGAGGUGUUGGUGGCGGCGGCGCCUUUGAAGACGCCCCCGGAGUCAUUCAAGUUUCUGCUCAAGACAGGGAGGCCAUUGAGAGGUUAAAAGCCUUAGGCUUCCCAGAACACCUUGUUAUCCAGGCGUACUUUGCCUGUGAGAAGAAUGAAAACCUGGCUGCAAAUUUUCUACUAUCACAGAAUAUGGAUGACUGAGUUGAAACCACCAAAUCCGUUUGCCAUUUCACAUUUACAGAAAGUAACUCUUCUAUAUUUGGUACUACCUUAGUCAAUAUUUCGUUUAGACUUCUUACUGCGAAGCAGAAUAAUGGGGCUGUGUUUAUACUUGAAUUAUUCUAGCAACUUGGAUUAUGCAGAAUUGCUUCUGGAUUUUACUAUUUUUUCUCUAUUUUACUUGAUGCAUCCAGAUUGGGCACAUGAUAGCCUGAAUUGACUAGUUGCAAAAUGCAUGGUUUCCCCAAUUUGGUUUGUGUUGUCAUUUAAUCUUCUGUUAAAUUAAUGAUUUGUUUUUAUUUUAUACUGAUUCCCUCUCUCUCUUUUUCUGUGGUGUGUAACAAUUGUACUUCCCGUUUUCCUGAUUUGUUGAACCUGUUGCCUUUUGAUAUCUGCUGGUAUGUUCUCCUCGGACACUAGUUGCCUGAGGAGGAUGAUUGCUAGCAAGUCUGUAAAAUUUUGUACAUACUACCAUGACAAUGGUUCUUACAGUCUAGCCAAAGCUGAAGUGCCUUAGCACUUGUAUGAUCUAUAAAAUUUUUCAUACUUUCAGAAGGGAGGUGAUAAUGUUGCUAAGGUUAAUUGUUCAGUGAAAAGGGUAUGUGACUUUGAAAGAUUUUAAGUCUCUAGAAUCUAAUUUAUUUAAGGCUUCUUUCCACGAAAGAAUGACUUAAGACUGCCGGAUUAGGGUGUUUACCCUGGUGCUAACACCAUUAUUCCAAAAGCAAGAAUGCAGUAUGAACUUAGUUAAAAUCCAGAUGGAUCUGGUUGGACUGUAAGUGUUUGUAAAAUUGUUUAGCAUUAAUAAUAAAAAUAUGUUAUGUCCUUUUGCUAA